AUGCAUGUAUUUAUAUUAUUAGAAAUAGAAGAAGGUUCUAAUGAUGAUAAAGCAAACGAACAAGAGUUGAAAGGAGUGUUACCUGGGGAUGAAGUUGAAAAACCUGUGGUUGGAAUGGUUUUUUGUUCUGAAGAACAAGUUCGUAGUUAUUAUAACAACUAUGCUAGAAGUCAAGGUUUUGGUGCAAUAAAAGUCAGUGCAAAUAAUGGAAGUGACAGAAAAUCAAGGUACUUUUCAGUUGCAUGCGCUCGGUAUGGAAAGCAAAAAUCAAUUGCAAAAGACAUUUUUCACCCAAGGCCAUUAAUUAAGACUAAUUGCAAGGCUAAAAUCAACGUUACAGCUAAAGAUGAUGGAAGAUUCAUUAUUGCUCGUGUUUACCUCGACCAUAAUCAUGCAUUAAGUCCAACAAAGGUACGACACUUUAGGUGUAACAAGGCAUUAGAUCCUCAUGUCAAAAGAAGAUUGGAAUUAAAUGACUUAACGGGUAUAAAGUUGAAUAAGAAUUUUCAUUUAGCUGUUGUUGAGGCCGGUGGGUAUGAAAAUUUGCCAUUUGGUGAAAAGGAGUGUAGGAAUUACACUGUAAAAGCAAGACAACUUCGACUUGGAAUUGGAGAUGCCAAAUCCCUUCGUAACUAUUUUUUUUGCAUGCAAAAAAGGAAUUCAAAUUUCUUUUACAUGAUUGACAUGGAUGAUAAAGGGCGUUUAAGAAAUAUGUUUUGGGCUGAUGCAAGGUGUCGUGUUGCAUAUGAGUCAUUUGGAGAUGUUAUUUCAUUUGACACUACUUACCUCACAAAUAGGUAUGACAUGUCGUUUGCCCCGUUUGUUGGGUUGAAUCAUCAUGGACAAUCUAUGUUGUUCGGUUGUGGUUUCUUAUCUAAGGAAGAUAGUGAUAGUUAUAUAUGGUUAUUUGAGACAUGGUUAACAUGCAUGCAUGAAUGUCCUCCAAAACUAUUAUUACAGAUCAAUGUAAGGCUAUUCAAGCAGUGGUUGCACAGGUGUUUCUAG